AUGAAACUGACAUCCGGACUUCUCUUCGCUUUCGCCGCCGCCCAAGGUGAAGAAGAGCGAAAGAAGAACAACGCCUACGGAGGAAACAACAACUACAACAACAACAAUUACAACAACAACUACAACAACAACAACAACUACGGAUCCGCCUACGGCGAUCCCCACUUCAUGAUCAGCUCCUCCACCCAGCCCAGCAUCUGCUUCGACUACACCCCGGAAGCCGACGCUGAGUUCACCCUUCUCUCCGACGCCUCCUCUGGCCUCCUCAUCGAAGCCCACUCCGCCCUCCGAUUGAAGCACGAGACCCACCGACACAUCAUCAUGGACGAGAUCAAAUUCACCUCCCCCGAAGGCCGAGUCAUCUCCUUCGACAUCGACGGUGUCCAUCUCAGCGGCUCCGAAGAGAACGCCUCCGACCGACACCCAUUCACCGGCGUCCAGACCUUCGGAGACAUCUCUUUCGUCACUCACACCGACGCCCACGGUAACCACCAGCGAACCCACGUCGAGGUCGGCGAUGCCGUCUUCAUGGUCCGAGGAAACGCCCGAAAGGAAUCCAUGGCUGUCGCCGUUGUCGAGCCAACUGGCCUCUCCGCCGAAUCCACCGGCAUCAUCGGUCAAUUCCUCCGAUCCGACGCCUACACCGUCGAAGAGACCUCCAACCUCCACGCCACCGUCACCGCCGGCGGCAUGUCCGUCGAGGCCGAGAAGAAGCCCUUCCAUCAGCAACUCGCCUGCUGGGUCGUUGAAGAGGAUGCCAUGCUCAACAUGAUCGCCAACAUCUAA